AUGUCCUUCUCCAACCCUCGAGAAUCCGUCUUCAACCAGCCCAAGCCGGUGGUCCAUCUACCCUCUGAUCUGCUGGCUGCCAUCACCAAAGGAGUCGAGCCCUACCCCAUUCCUGAGAGAAAGAAAUACCAAUAUGGCACUGCAGGAUUCCGAAUGAAAGCCAAUGCUGGGCUGGAUCAUGUCAUAUACACCGUUGGACUCAUUGCGGCCGCCCGUUCCAAAAAGCGCAAUGCGACCAUCGGAGUCAUGAUCACAGCCAGUCACAACCCGGCCGACGACAAUGGUGUCAAGUUGGUAGAUCCUAUGGGUGACAUGCUCGAGCAAUCGUGGGAAGGGCUGGCAACCACGUUGGCCAACACGCCCAAUGACAAAUUGGCGAAAGCAUAUGAGGAUCUCGUCAAUGAGACGUUGGUCGACGAGAUUCGUCAACUGCAUGAGCGGCCGGCCAAGGUCGUGUUUGCUCGUGAUACUCGUGCCUCGGGACCAUACCUGGUGACGGCGUUGAAGGCGGCCCUGGACGCUGUCAAUGUCGAAUACACCGACUACGGUCUGUUGACGACUCCUCAACUGCAUUAUAUGGUUCGCUGCAUCAACACCCUCAAUUCGCCGUAUGCUUUCGGAGAGCCGUCCGAAAAGGGGUACUAUGAGAAGAUGGCCCACGCAUUCAAGACCAUCAUGCAUGGUCGGACAAUCCAAGGACAUAUCACGGUGGACUGUGCCAACGGUGUCGGAGCGCCCAAACUGAAAGAAUUGAUCAAAUACCUUCCCAGUGGCAAAGAAGGCGGAAUCGACAUCAAGGUGGUGAACGAUGAUGUCGUCAGACCCGAAGCACUCAACCUGGAGUGUGGUGCAGAUUAUGUCAAGACCAAACAGCGAGCUCCUCCCAACUUCAACGCUCAGCCAGGUGAUCGGUGCUGCUCUCUGGACGGCGACGCUGACCGUCUGGUGUACUACUACACGGAUGAGUCCAAGACCUUCCAUCUUCUGGAUGGAGACCGUAUCGCCACCCUGGGGGCCGUCUUCCUGGCUGAUAUGACCCGAGUCGCGGGCGUUGAUCAGAAACUCAAGAUCGGGAUCGUCCAGACAGCCUACGCCAAUGGAGCGGCGACCGAGUAUGUCGAGAAGGUUCUGAAGCUCCCCGUGACCAUUACUCCGACCGGAGUCAAACAUCUUCACCACGCGGCUGCCCGAUACGACAUCGGAGUCUAUUUCGAAGCCAAUGGUCACGGGACCGUCCUCUUCUCCGACAACGCCAUCAAAGCCAUCAAGGAGGCGGUGCCCAAAUCUCCCGGCCAGAAACAUGCGCUUGAGUCUCUCUGUGCCUGUAUUGACCUGAUCAAUCAAGCCGUGGGCGAUGCCAUCUCCGACAUGCUGUUUGCCGAGGUGGUGCUGGCUCACAAGUCGUGGACGUUGGAAAACUGGCGCAACACCUACAUUGACCUUCCCAACCGGCUGGUCGCAGUGGCGGUGAAUGAUCGAUCGAUCUUCAAAGCGACCGACGCUGAGAGACGGCUCGAAUCCCCCAAGGGUGCUCAAGAAGAAAUCGACCGUUGUUGUCAGAUGUACGUCAAAGGCCGUGCGUUCGCGCGAGCGUCUGGCACCGAAGAUGUCGUUCGCGUCUAUGCCGAAGCACAUUCCAAGACCGAGGCCGAGAAGCUGGCGGCUCAGGUGGCCGAAGUGAUCAAAAAAUACGGUUCAGCGUGA